AUGGAUUGCCAACCGAAUUGCUACUUUCUUGCUAGACACAAGGACCUAACCCAUAAACACACCACUACACCCCCACAGAUCACCUUUGCACCGAUCAUCCUCCUCAUGGGCACAUAUCUAUUCAUUGCAUUGGGUCUUCCCAUUAUGCAAGCAUCGGCAUUGGCUACAUACCUGGAAUAUCCAACUGAGAUCGGAGGAUAUGGUUUCUCUUCACUCCAGACAGCUUCCUUUACUAUGACUGCUUGGAUUGGUAUGAUUGCUGCCCAAGUUGAUGGAUAUCCCUUUAAUGACAAGAUCCCAUUAUAG